GACGAAAGGCGCGAACGCACAGCGCAUGCGCGUAGAAAGACGCCAUAUUGUGGAUGUUUUUGAAAAAAGAACGGUGUUUCUCGUGAACUAUCGAAAACUUUGACGUUUUGACUUUUUAAAUUAACUUUUUUUUUAAACUUCAGUGUGUGGUUUUGUGGUUGUUCUGCCAAGUGUAUUGGAAUUUACCACGUAGGUUCCGAAACGGGUUUCGAUCCCAUCGACUGGAUAUUUUGUAACUUGCAUAAUUUUCUGAUUGUUUACCUGCAUUAGAAGUAUUAGAACUGGUCUAGUGAGUUAUAAUUUACAUACCUAUUUGUUCGUGCCUUAUUGGAUUCCAAUUGGAAAGGUUCAUAUUGACAAGUGACAUUCAUAACAUCGUACGCUAAACGAUACCAAAUACCGACCAAAAUGACGUAGAAACCAAGUGAACGUGAACAAACCAUAACUUAGUGUGAACAAAAAUGAGUGACGUGUAGUGCAUAAAUCCAAGAUGGCGUCGUUAGUGACAUUGUUGUGUGUGUUGUGUGGCUUGGGGAAUGCGUGGGCGCACGUGGCCCUGACGUUCCCGCCGGCGAGGCGAUAUGAUCUGGACUUUUUGGAUAAUACGAGGACGAAGCCGCCAUGUGGGAUGCCGAAAGGCUCUUCGAAGACUUCAUUCCUCGCGGGCUCAACCUUCACAGUACAUUGGCACUUGGCCUACGCACACAGAGGAGGAUUUAGUUUACGAAUUUUGGACUACCUCGAAAGGCCCGUGUUGGAUUUGACUCCGAGAGCCGGCGGAUCCGAGUGGGUCAGAGAUGACGUUACAGCGCAGAAGUAUGAAGUACGACUGCCCGGCGACUUCACAUGCGAAAACUGCACAUUGCAACUCCAGAGGGAAGCGGGGGAAUGGGGAAGCGGUUACCGCUUCUGGUCCUGUGCUGACAUCGACAUAUUACCACGCAAAGAAUACCACGAAACCUGCUCCGGCCACGGCUUCCACAUCCUCGGUCGAUGCAAGUGCAACAAGAUGUACUCCGGCAGUCGCUGUCAGUUCAGCGACGAGUGUGCUGAGGAUACCGACUGCGGGCUGCGGGGGCAGUGCGUCGACGUGAGGGCCACGGAGUCGCCCAGCAAGAUGUGCUAUUGCCCCCACGGGUUCUACGGGAAAGGGUGUAACAAGAAAUCCCCCUGGAAGGACAAGAACCUGAACCUGGACCGGUACAGCCGCCGGGAGCUCUCUCCAGACUUCAACUUGUACUGGCGGGUCAUUCAACACGAACAAGAACUGGAAGUUGUCAUGAUCGUCAACGGAACAUCUUAUGCGGGAAUCGGUUGGAGGCCAAGCGGAUUGACUAAAGAAUGCAAAAAUUUCCCUGUCAUCGGACCCCCGCUAGCUGACAAGACAAGCACACCAAAGCCGGAGCCCCUACCAAAACCAGAACCCGAAGCGGAACCAGCCGCGUCCCCGGAACCGAGCCCAGAACCCAAAUCAGAACCCGAACCGAGCGCAGAACCGAAAGCGGAGCCGGAACCCACCGCCGAGCCGAAGGCAGAACCCGCACCAGAACCCACUUCAGAACCCGAACCGUCCGCAGAACCCACGGCGGAACCGGAGCCGGAAACUACGACAAAGUUAUCGGAAUAUGACAAUAGGAAUAAGAGAGUUGCUAUGCAUUCGUUGGAUGGAAUUGACUUUAAGAAUCUUGGAAAUGAUGUUCAAGUGAAGACUAGCGUCUCAUACAAAGUGUCAAGUUCUAAAGGUCGUCGAAAACGAGCCGCUGCGAAUGAAAAUGUGGAAACCUCAACCCAUGACAACCAUGACCAUUCCGUACCAUCCUCAGAACCCAAACCAUUACCUAAGUCUAGAACUAAGUUUGUCCCUAAAUCUAAACGAACUACUACUACCACUGUUACAACUCCACUACCAACCACACCGGUACCAACUGAUCCUCCCACACCAGAACCAACUCCAGAACCUAAAUCUGAACCUGAACCUACUGCAGAACCUACCUCUGAACCGGAGCCAACUUCUGAACCUACCUCUGAACCAAAUUCCAUCCCAGAACCAACUGCUGAGCCUAAAGCAGAACCAGAACCCACGCCUGAACCUAUAUCUGAACCCGAACCUACAGCGGAACCGACGGCUGAACCAGAGCCAGCUCCAGAACCUAAAUCAGAACCCGAACCUACUGCUGAACCUGAACCGAAAGAGCGUGUACCUAGUCCUAAAACAUUAUCAAAACUUAAAGCUAAGCCAAAACCUAGUCCUGAACCUAAAUCAGAGCCAGAACCUACUCCAGAACCAAAAUCGGAACCUGAGCCUUCUCCAGAACCAAAGUCGGAACCUGAGCCUUCUCCAGAACCAAAAUCAGAACCCGAGCCAACUCCAGAACCAAAAUCAGAACCCGAACCAACGCCAGAACCUAAAUCCAAACCCGAACCUUCGCCAGAACCUAAAUCAGAACCUGAGCCAUCUCCAGAACCGAAAUCAGAACCCGAAUCUAAAUCAAAACCUGAGCCAUCUCCAGAACCCAAAUCUGAGCCUGAGCCGUCCCCAGAGCCAAAAUCGGAACCCGAACCUAAGUCGGAACCAGAACCUUCCCCAGAACCUAAAUCGGAACCAGAACCUUCCCCUGAACCUAAAUCAGAACCUGAGCCUAGUCCUGAACCUAAAUCAGAACCUGAACCUAGUCCUGAACCUAAAUCAGAACCCGAACCCUCCCCAGAACCCAAAGCGGAACCAGAACGCGAGACUUUGCUAGUGAAAGGACUUAAAGAAGAAACAGGUUACUUCCCCGCUCACGAGUACGUGCCGGGCUACGACUUCAACCCCAUGGACUGCACGGAUAUAGUCAUCGGCACGGCGCGGGGCAACUACCACAGGGUUCUGGACUAUUACACUAGGGACAGGUCUACUCCCCGCGUGGACACGUUCUGGGGCGGCCACGACGACAUCACGGCGUCUUCCGGCUUUGAAGAAAAUGGCGUCACCACCAUCAUGUUCAGAAAGAAGCUGCAGGCUAAAGAGCCCACGGACCACUCGAUCGUCGACGACGCCAUGCACUUGAUCUGGGCACGUGGGCAAGAGCCCGGCAAAUACCGACACUCGCCGCCGUCAGGCAUCGAACAAGGCACUGCGGCCGUUAAGGAUUUCUACAGACAGGAUGAGUUGAAGUAUCACGGCCAUGGGGGGCAGAGGGGCGUUACUAAACUUAACUUCUUUGAAGAGACCAAAUCCGCGACACUGGGCGGCAUUCUCCCCCUCGCGAACAAAUGCGGCGGCUACUUUAAGCUACCGGCUGACUGUUCCCUCGCCAAUGGCACUUGCGAUUACCACGCCAGCUGGGAGUACCUCGGACAGAAGAGGGGGAAGGACUCUGUGAAGUUCACGAUUGUUACCAAGGAGAGCAAGCUCUGGACUGGCAUUGGGUUCAGCAACGACAAAAGAAUGUCCCAGACGGAUGCCAUCAUUGGUUGGGUGGACCCUCGCUCCUCCCGCCCCUUCAUCAUGGACACCUGGGUGUCCGGAUAUGCUGCUCCCAGGGUUGACACUCAGCAGGACAUCACCAAGGAGUUCGGCAGUCUCGUGGACGGAGUGACAACCCUCAGCUUCGUGAGGAAGCGGGACACUAAGGAUUCUAAGGACUUGGCGUUCACCGACAGCCAGUGCCUCUACAUGAUGUUUAUCCCCCACGGCGGCGGCUUCGACCCCGUCAACAAGCGGACAAGCAAGCACGCGCAGACUCCGAUCGUCUCCGAGAACAGAGUCUGCAUCAAACCGUGUGGACCGGAACCGGCCGAAGACGAAGUAACAACAGAAGCUAUCAUCCCCGGCCAAACAGCUUACACCAUGCUGAUCCGCAUCACUGGCUUAGCUGACAGCUUCAAGCCACCAGCUGAAGGGUCCCAGGAGUUCGCAGAACUGAAGAGACAGGUCGAGGACAGCCUUAUCCGAGAGGUCUCGAAGAAUAAGGGCUACCGGGGGCUGCAGCUGAAUGGAUUUAUGCAGAACGAAACCAAAGCCAUUAUAGCCGAGUUGACCUUGAAAUCGAUCGAAAGCAACUUUAUCGAGGGCUCUAGCGCUCGCUCGCUCGGCGCGGCGCCGCGCAACGAGAGCGACAAGGAGGGCGAUAGACAACGGUGGGAGCGGGCGGUUAGAGAAACGCUGGCGCUGGGGAAGGUUGGGAACCUUAACGUGGACCCGGAGUUCUUGGUGCUGGAGCCGCAGAGUCUACUAUCAACUCAGUCCAUCCCCGACGAAGACGAAAGCGGCAACGCUCGCUCGUUCUUCGGCCUCGCCGAGACCAAACUAUACGUCGUGGUUGGAUGUGUAGUAGCGCUUAUAUUAGUAGCGUUAUUACAAGCCGGAUGCACUUUGUAUAGAAGCAGCAGUGGGAAACGGAAAGAGCAACUGAUCCCGAACGCAGCCUGGAAGGACUAUUCCACGGCCAACACUAACUACGCAUUCGAGCCGUUUGAGAACGACGACAAAUACAACAGUACCACAUCUACCGCUCCGCUGAGAGAGAGGCCUACGUCUGCUCCUUUGAGGCCUACGAACCCACCUCCACCGAGGCCAGCAAGCAACAACAAAAUGGCGCCGAAUGGCAAGAAUGGUAAGAUGACGGCCAACGGCAACGGAAACAAGAUGGCUGUCAACGGAAACGGAAAUGGCAAGCCCAAGCACCCGAACAGCGCCGCGCAAUACUACCACGAGACGCGCUCGCUGCAGCGGCCUAGGCCGCCGCAACCACAAUAUGGGUAUUCGACGCGGCCCGACCGCGCGACGUACUCGCUGCCGCGCGGCCGCGACAUGUCGCAGCCGGACUUCUACUUCAUGCCGUCGCAGCGCAAGUACGAAGAUUUUUGACGGAGUUGACGGGCGAUAAUUUCUAGUUACCAAUAAUUAUUUUGCACCGAACAUUUUAUGUACAUUAGGACAUUCCCACUUUAUUUUAUUACUCCCAAACCAGAUCUAGUCUCGUGUCACAGUUUUAAAAUAAGUUAUUUUAUUCACCUCUUUACUCUUAAGAUGACAUAUUGUAAAUAAUUGCUGUAUAUUGCGAUAUAUCUAUAUAUAUACGGAGCAAGUGGCGGGUUCUUUAAAUAUAAUUAAUUUUAACGUGAAUGUACCUUCGAAGAAUAGUUAUAUUAAAAUAUUAUGUUUAUUAUAUUAUGUAGUACCUACAUGUAUGAACGUUGGAGGAAGACUUGACUAUUUCGCUGACUUUACCUUAGGACUUCGAUCAAAUCUUCUAAACAAUUAUCUGAAUCUAUAAUCAUUACCUAUUAAUUUUUUCUUCAAAAAUAUACAAAUUAUAAAAUUAAUCAGGUUAAAAAACCUAUAUAAAUGACUAGAAAUUAAAGUUAAGAUUGAAAUGUCAACUUAUAGGACACUCAAAAACAAUGGAAACGGGUUACUGUGUAACCUCUGUAUCUAUACAAUAUUACCCGUUGAAAGUAAAUGAAUGACUAUCAUUCAUUAAAUUAUGAUUAACAUUUUUGACGAAUAUUUUGUGAUUGUUUCAUUUUAAUUAAUUUUCUUGAAAUUCACAAAUUUAUUAAGCAUAGGUUAAAAGGUUCAAUUAUUAUUCAAAUUUGUACUUAAAAUAUCAAUAAGAGUUUUUUGAUAAGAUUAUUUUAUAAGUUUUGUACAUAUAGCGUUAAAAAUAAUAUUUUUUUUAAGAAUAAAUUAACUAAUAUAAAUGUAAACUAGAUAAGUACUUUUACAAAGAGAUUCUAGAUUAGUUAUCACAAAUAAAUUAAAAUUUGCUCACAUUUAUUACCGAAACUAUUAUUUGUGUAAUUAAUUAAUUGUUUACAAAAGCUUUAUUCACACAUUUAACCUAAUAAAAAGAACCUUACAUAUAUGAUGAAAUACUAUCACUGCGCUCGUAGUUCUAAACAACAAGAAAUUAUGUAUUUUCUAUAAUCUGUUUAUUUUUAAUAAAUAAAUAUUGCGGUUUUUUACUAUUAUGCCAUUAUCGAUUACACAACUAGGUACCCAUUUCAAAGAACAAAUUAAUGACAAUAAUGACUUUGACUAUGUAAAUCUUUAGGUUGAAUAACGUGUUAAAAGCAUUUUUGUUCACGAUGUUUAAAGAUAUACUGGACCUAAGAUUAUAACAUUGAAAUAAAUCCGUUGUCUAUAUAGAA